AUGCUACGUUUCUUUGAGUCAGAGGUGGAUUCAUGGUGGUCGAUGGCCGCCACCCCUCCACCGCAGCCGUGCCAUUACGUCGAAUUACCCGUUGACCCGAGGCUUCAAGUUAGAGUUGAUCAUUAUAGUGAAAGCGGUACGGCGCCACCCAUGAAUAUAGCACCUGCAGCGUGCAGACUCGUCCCUUCGGCUCUUACGACGGCGGAUCUUGUCAAGGGACGGUGGUCUCCGGCGACGGUGGUGAGCAAUGGGUCGAGCUUGUCAAGCCCGAAUAGUUCAUCUUCAGUUGACUCUAUGAAUAGCUAUGGUGGCUGUGGCAUCAUCUCUUGGCAGAGUAGCAAUGCUUUCAGCAUAGAAUCUGCAAUAGAUCCAUAUAUUGCACCAUUUAAAGUGGAUAGGAGCUCUUCAAUUGCUAUGGAUAGUGGGAGAAGAAACCAGCAUGAGGUUGUGGUGGAUUUGAGGCAACAUAGAAGGAAAUUAGAUGAAAACAAGAACAUAGAAGCUGUAAUAAGAGAUUCUAAGAGGCAGAAGACUGGUGUUCAAGAAGGAAAUCUCCAUUGUUUUACUUCAUUUGAAUCAACUUCUUCUUCACCAUCAAUGAUGAUGACAGCAGAACAAAAUCUGAAAGCACCAUUGAAGAGGAGCCAGAAGCUCGGGGAUAAGAUAACUGCUCUACAGCAGCUAGUUUCUCCAUUUGGCAAGGCUGAUACAGCUUCGGUUCUUCAUGAGGCUGCAGUUUAUAUCAAAGCACUGCAUGAACAGGUUAAGUUGCUGAGCAAACCUUACGUUGAAUCGAUCUCUGCUACCGAAGGAAUUCAGGAAAUGAAAAAUGGAGCUGACAAUUGCCAUUACAGAUCAUCCAGCUUGAGAAGAGAAGGGCUUUGCAUGGUUCCAAUCUCUCCGUCUGUCAUAAACUUGGCAAAUCAAGAACUGUUGGAUAGUCACAUGACAGCGAGUUUACUUCGAUGAAGCACAGUAAAACAAUUGAUCAGAUAGAUUUAUGAGGGAUUUUUUUCUAAUGGCUCUCAUGUACUAAAUGUUAAUUUUACCUUGUAGACUUAGAGUAGGUUAUCCUUGUCA